AGAUUUGCAGAGAUCACGAUGACUCGACCAAGAUCUCUUCAGCAGACUCCCAUUCGCCCACCAAAGAGUUUCUCUCAUCCUGCCCCUUCAAGCCUAUCGUGAUUCUCACAAGAUAGCCUGACAAGUGAUAUUGAUUCCGCUCAUCGCCUUCAUCCAAAAACCUAUAUAGUCUCAUGUCAGAAAUGGAUCUCUCGAUGGCUCUCUCUUUCAAAGAUGCCCUUCAACGGCUUGAGAACGGUCGUGUCAGAGCGACACGUCCGUUGAUUCCACCUCAGAUCCUGCAGGAAGAUCUUCCUUUGACCUUUCUUGCUGCGAACACCGUCCUUGAGGGACGUCGGGCAACCGAAAAUAUACUUAGGGGUGAUGAUGACCGGCUCAUGGUAGUGGUUGGUCCCUGCUCUGUACAUGACGUCAAUGCUGCCAUCGAGUACGCCAAGCUGCUCAAAUCCUACGCAGACGUGGCUAAAGAUGACUUGCACAUCGUCAUGCGUGUGUAUUUUGAGAAACCGCGGACGACUCUUGGAUGGAAAGGUUUGAUUAACGAUCCCGAUAUGAAUUCUAGUUUCCAAAUUAACAAGGGCUUGCGCAUCGCGCGCACCCUCCUUUUGGAUAUCGCUAAACUUGGUCUUCCCUCCGGCUGCGAGUUCCUUGAUACAAUAUCGCCCCAGUACACCGCCGAUCUAGUCUCCUGGGGAGCUAUUGGCGCCCGCACGACGGAAUCUCAAGUGCACCGAGAGCUGACCUCUGCACUGUCAAUGCCUACUGGAUUCAAGAAUUCAACUGACGGAUCGGUCGGCAUUGCGAUUGAUGCAUGUCGUGCCGCUCGAAGUGGCCAUGUCUUCCUCAGUGUGGGCAAAGAAGGCCUUAGCAGUAUCAUUGAAACCGAGGGCAACCCAGAUACCCAUGUAAUCUUGCGGGGUGGCUCUAAAGGCCCGAAUUACGCUGCGGAAUACGUCCGUGACUGUGGCGCAAAGCUUACCAAAGCUGGUCUUCCUUGCAAAAUCAUGGUCGACUGCAGUCACGGAAACAGCCAAAAACAACAUCGUAAGCAGAUCGAAGUUGUAGAAGACAUCGCGCAACAACUGGAGAGUGAAGACACCUCGGCGUCUCUCAUGGGUGUCAUGCUCGAGUCUAAUCUCGUUGAGGGACGGCAAGAUAUAUUGUCGGGCGGUCCUACUGCCCUCAAGUAUGGCCAGUCGGUCACCGAUGCUUGCAUAUCCUGGGACAUGACCAUCCCUGCCCUUGAGCGUUUGCGUGAAGCUGUCCGUGGUCGCCGAGAGUUAGUUUCUCGAAAAGCCAAAGGCUUGGAUCUUCCAGCCAACGGCCUGAAGGAACUGAAGCUCAACGGUGCGAACGGUGUCAAUGGCGUCGACGGCCACUAAUGUAGUGUGGGUUGUGUACUGUGUACCAAAUUGUUCAUUAUCGCAUGUCACAUUGUGUACUAUUUUUAUUAUCAAUUGCAUAGAUAUACAGUCAACUACUUUUUUGUUCGGUCUUUCAGCAGUGUAUUCUUUAUCAGAUCUUGAGGUCAUGUUUGCGACUCACAAGCAUAGUCACUGAAUAUCGCAUGAUAUCUUUAGCCAAU